AAAAAAAGGAGCAUUCAUACGAACUUUACCCCACACUCCUCUCCUCUCAAACUCAAACUGUAUCUUCUUCAGAACCUCUUUGUUUCUUUUCAUACCUUUUCCGGUUUCAAAACCAAUUCAAUUCUUCAUUUCUGCUUUAAAAAUCGAAACUUUAACCACUUCCUCUCGUCAAAGCUCUCGUUUUUACAUGGUUCCAAGCAUCACUGAGACAAUCAUUGAGUCCUGUAGAAGAAAGGUUUGUCUUUUUGGAUUAGGUAGCGUAAUCUUGAGAUAAGAUGAAUGAUUUAGGAUGGGACGAGGAAGAGACAUCGAUGGCUAAUGCAGUUUUAGGAAACUCAGCUUCCGAUUUUCUCAAAACAAUCUCAUCUUCCAAUCAGAGUCUCUUUCUAUUAAUGGAAACCGACGAUACUCUCAACAAGAAGCUAUCUAGUUUAGUAGAGUGGCCAAACUCUGAGAAUUUCAGCUGGAACUACGCCAUCUUAUGGCAGCAGACCGUGUCUAGAUCCGGACACCGAGUCCUAGGCUGGGGAGACGGGUGCUGCCGCGAGCCUAAGGAAGAGGAAUCCAGCGUUUGUAACCGCCGCAGCAGCACCCUAGAGGAAGAAGAGAUGAGGAAGAGAGUGCUGCAGAAGCUUCAGAGAGUGUUUGGAGAAUCUGAUGAAGACAACUACGCUUUGAGCUUGGAGAGAGUUACGGCUACAGAGACUUUCUUCUUGGCUUCGAUGUAUUUCUUCUUUAAUCACGGCGAAGGUGGGCCUGGGAGGUGCUUUGCUUCGGGGAGACACGUGUGGUGGGUUGACUCGGGUGAUGAUUAUUGUUUCAGGUCUUUUAUGGCGAGGUCUGCUGGGAUUAGGACGGUUGUUAUGGUGAAUACUGAAGGUGGCGUUGUUGAGCUUGGUUCCGUUUGGUCUUUGCCUGAGAAUCUUGAGUUGGUUAAGUCUGUUCAGGGUUUGUUCACGAGGAGAGCUGAGCCGCCUUUGGUAGUUCACAAGCUUUUCGGACAGGAACUGAAUGUGGUUGGAUCAUCUACAAAUAAUCAGUUGAGAAUGUCAGAUUCUUGUAAUGAGAAUAGACUAGCAGUAGGAGGAGGAGGAGGAGGAGGAGGAGGAGGAGCUUGUGCUGUGGAGGAGAAGAGACCGAAAAAGCGAGGGAGGAAGCCUGCGAACGGGAGAGAAGAGCCGUUAAACCACGUGGAAGCUGAGAGGCAGAGACGGGAGAAGCUUAACCAGAGAUUCUACGCUUUGCGAGCUGUUGUGCCAAACAUUUCUAAGAUGGACAAAGCUUCUCUUCUGGAAGACGCUAUCUCUUACAUCAGAGAGCUUCAAGAGAGAGUGAAGAUCAUUGAAGCUGUGGGAGUAAGAACAGUAGAAAGUCAAGAAGUUGUUGAGAUUCAAGCUAGGGAAGAAGAGGUUGUUGUAAGAGUAAUCUCACCGUUGGAGACACAUCCAGCUUCAAGAAUCAUGCAAGCAAUGAGAAACUCGGAGGUUAGUGUGAUGGAGUCUAAGCUCUCAUCUGCUGAAGAGACAGUGUUUCACACUUUUGUGGUAAAGUCUAGUAACGGGUCGGAUCCGUUGACGAGAGAGAAGCUUAUAGCAGCCAUUAGUACCAUCUCAUAGUUCACAGGUUUCUGGUGAUUUGUAGCCUUCACAUUCAAGUGAAAGCUUCUUCUCUUUGUUCAGUGUAGGCAAACUUGACAAUAGAUAUAGAUAAAUCUUUUUUGUUUGUUUUCUUUCUUAGAGUGAAAGGAAUCCAGUUUCUGUUUUUA